GCUAAUUGAGCAUCGAAACGGCCCUUUGCGCUCGGGCGAUGAAGUUCCCCGUGAGGUCACGUGGGAUAAAAUGCUGAGUCAGCGGUCACUGGAUUGGCAAUGCUGUGAUUGGCUGCAGUCGGGGUAUUUCAUCGAUCCGAUUGCAAAAGAUUCCUCGACUCUUUCUCUUUUUACAUCUAUCUUCCCCGUCGAGAUGAGAUGAAAUACGAGCAACACGAGCCAUCAGCUGGUUGAUGCUGUCCCCUCAGAAUGGACCACGACAUGAAGAUCGGUCUACUCCCACUACAGCCACCACCACCACCACUCAAGCCGGUCUAUCGCAAAAUUGAGUUAGCGUUGCGAAGGUUCUCGGUAGACCCACCGGUUCAAUGACGCAGUGGCCUUUCACAGGCUCAGACAUUCUUCUCCGAGGCUGUGGUGCUUGAUCUGCCGGCUUUCUCAACACUGGCGCAAAGGACAAUUAUUCAGAUCGGUUGAGCUCGAAGUCUAGAAUAUAAGCGCGACGAUCCCCUGAUUGAUCCCUUGCUAGAGUCUGGUCUCUAUUACCUAGGUAUAUAAGUAAAGGAGUACUGUACCUUGGAUAAACAGCUGGUGGCUACCUGCGAAGUACCUCCAAUCACUAUUCUAUCCCAACAAACAACGCACAAUCUUCAUCAUGGCCGACGCAAACAACGGCGCAAAGAUUACUCUCUACUGGCUCGAGAAGUCGCGCUCCCAGCGCAUCCUCUGGCUCCUCGAAGAACUCGGCGUCUCAUAUGAACUCAAGACCUUCAAGCGCGGAUCCGACAUGCUCGCUCCCCCGGAGCUCAAGAAAAUCCACCCGCUUGGCAAAUCGCCCGUCAUCACCAUCGAGACCGAGCACACCGACAAGCCGCUCGUGCUGGCCGAGUCCGGCGCCAUCUCCGAGUAUCUGUGUGAUCACUUCGAUAGCGCCGGGAAGUUGGUCCCGAAGCGCUACGCCGAGGGGAAGGAGGGCCAGGUCGGUGGGGAGAGCGAGGAGUGGAUGCGAUUCCGGUAUUUCAUGCAUUAUGCGGAGGGCACGUUGAUGCCGUUUUUGGUGUUUAAGUUGGUUAUGGAUACCGUCAAAAAUGCCCCCGGCAUGCCCUUCUUCAUUAAGCCCAUCCCGCGCCUGGUCGCGUCCAAAGUCGAAGAGAUGUUCGUGCUGCCCAACGUCAACGCCAACUUCACCUUCCUGGAAGAGCGACUGAAGACCGCGCCGGACGGCGGUCCCUUCCUCUGCGGAAAGCAGCUCACGGCCGCCGACAUCAUGAUGAGUUUCCCAGUCAUCGCGGCCGCCAGCCGAGUGCCUUUGAAGGAGCAGUACCCGAAGUUGCAGGAGUACGUGGACCGGUUGCAGCAGGAAGAGGGGUAUAAGAAGGCGGUUGCGAAGGUGGUGGAGGUGGAUGGGAAGUUUGAUGCUUCGUUGUGAGGAUAGGACUAGUUGGUUGGUGAUGCUUGUGAUAUAAUGUGUUAUGUUUUGUUGUAAUGUUUUCUUUCUAUCUUAUUAGUCGUGCCUAAUAUUCAGGAUACUCCAGAGCUAUG